AUGCAUGUCAGGACUGCCGCAGUGAUGCAGACUGCAGCACCCGUCGCUGCUGCUCUGGACUCCGGCAGAGCAGUGUUGGGAGGUGGAGUUGCAGACCCUGUUGUGUGGGAGGCAGCAGAUACUGGAGCGUAUGAGGAUGACACAUUCAGCCGGAGCAAACCUGGGCUGCAGGACAGGCUGAACUUCAAGCAGCACUGGAGUGUGGACUUCUGGAAGGAUUUCUCUGUGCCGCCCAGCAUCUCAGACCCCAGCACUCCCAUCCCAAGCAGGCUCCAGGCAAUCUUGCAGACGCUGACAGAGGCAGCGAGCAGCAUGGGGGUCUUUUCUUCUUCCAAGGCAGCCGCAUACUGGGGCUACCACAUCACGCGCUCCAGCUUCUUUGCCCUUCAGGGCAUCGCAGGCGUGCUGGCAGCGCGGGCCGCCAGCAGCGUGACCGGCACUGAGACGAAUGAGGUGGGCAUCCGCAUGGAGAGCAUGAUCCGCGCUGGCCUGACCGGACCCAUUGGAGAGGCUCUGGCUAUGUACUACCAGGAUUACAAGAACAUUGAGGAGGGCGUGUACAAGCUGCCUUGGGACAUGACUACGCGCGGCCACCGCCAGUGGAGUCCCUUCUGGAUUGCCCGCCGAUCUGCACAGUUUGUGGCGGAGGCGUCUGCUGCGCUGGGGCGAAGGGACCAUGGCAAACCAGAGGAUGUUUGGCUCAAGUCUCCCAUGUAUCCCGACUACUACCUCAACACAUUUCACUACCAGACGGACGGGUGGCUGUCGGAGCGCAGCGCGCGAGUGUACGAGGUGUCGACGGAGACGCUCUUCCUGGGCCGCCAGGACGCGAUGCAGCGCCAGAGCCUGGUGCCCCUGCGCGCAUUCAUGGCCGCCCGUCCGCGCGACGGCGCCGGCACUCGCCUGCUUGAGGUCGCCUCCGGCACCGGCCGUUUCGCCACCUUCCUCAAGGACAACUACCCGCGCAUGGACGUGACGCUGGCGGACCUGUCGCCCUACUACCUCCAGGAGGCGCGCAAGAACAUGCGCUACUGGGCCGACAUGCGCGCCCCGGGACAGGCCCUCGGCGGAGCCGAUGGCGCCGGCGUCUCCUACCUGCAAGCCCCCGCUGAGGCCAUCUCCCAGCCCGACAAUUCCUACGAUGUGGUGACGUGCGUGUACCUCUUUCACGAGCUGCCCCCGGAGGUACGGCGCGCGGCCGCGGCUGAGAUGGCGCGCGUGCUGCGGCCGGGGGGCCUGCUGGUGUUCACCGACAGCAUCCAGCUGGGGGACCGCGAGCAGCUGGACCCCAACCUGGGCCGCUUCGGGGACUUCAACGAGCCCUACUACCUCACCUACAUCUCCGAGGACUUCGGCAAGCUGUUCAAGGACGUGGGUCUGGAGUGCGACACAAAGCUGCUGGCCAGCAGCAGCAAGGUGUUGUCCUUCCGCAAGCCUCUGCAGCCCAAGCCGGCUGCCGCUCCAGCCACUGUCCAGUCACAGAGCAGCCCUUCUUCCCCGCAGACAGCCGGCGAGGAGUGUGCUGAGGAGAUCUGCGCGGUUCCUGCCUCAUGAAUCUGAACAGGGCUGGGGUCUUCUUGAAAAGAGCAUAUUGGGUGUCCUAUAACAUACGGAGUAUCACACUAUCCCGCAGUGAUCCAUAUAGAACAUGCAAGGCGCACUUUUCACUCCAGAUCGGUUGAACCCUGGGGGGGUGUGCAAAUGGGGCUGAAGCACUGCAGACAGUGAGGGUUUCUGGAGAGAUUGAUGGUCUAGAGGGUCAAAGGUGGCCAUUGCUUAUGACCCCAUACCUCGGUUUGAGGCUGGCGUGUUCUUGUUGCAUGAAUGCUUGUUGGGUUUUCUUGUUCUAGUGGUACUUGCUUGACAAUGUUGUUGGCGAAGGCUCAUGUGCAAUGCGUAGAAGUUGAUGUUAUUUGGUUCUAUUUAUCUUGGAUGCAUGGAUUGCUUGAUGAAGGUUCUCAGGUUGGAAAGUAUUGUGCUGUCAGCUCAUCUGGGAGCAAAAUGCGGCGAAGUGGUGGUUGUAUCUGAUCUCUGUUGUAUUACUAGCCGUUUUCAUGCCAAGACUUGAACCCAGGGCAAUCGAGCAGAUCUCCUAGCUUGCGUCGCAACAAGACCAUGCUGCUGCAGGAGCUUCUUUGAUUCUCGAUAAGUUAUGAAUGCUGUUGGGCCUGCAGCCAAUUGGGAGCUCUAGUAGAAUAGGCUUCGAGAAUAACAUAAUUGUGUAUGUACGUAUAAUUGUAUACACCAUGUGGGAGACCUUCUUGAUUUGGAAUGCUUCUUCAUGUCAUUGUAGUCUUUGGUGGCAACUGAUGCGUAUUCAUGCUCGGUAAGCAUUUCUUGCAGCGCUUGGCUUGCUGAGGUGGAACUGCGUUGUGGAGUGAAACUCUGCGUAUAGCUGGUGGCAUGCUUUUCUUUGUUUUGGUGUGGUGUGCAGAAGUGGUGGAAUUGCACUAGCAGAAUCUUGCCUGAGGGUGUGCAACACAUGUCAUAGUCAUAGUCAUGCAUGGCUGGGUAGAUUUAAGCCUCAUUUAGCCAGAUCUUUUGUAAUGAUGUUGACAUGU